AUGGUUACGUUGUCCUAUAUUAUCCCAGGUGACUGGCAUGUGGAGCGUAACUCUAGUAUUUACCAGGUGGGUGACUUCAUCCACAUUGAAGCUUCUGUGACUAUCAGCUGUGUACCCAUGAGACUCUAUGUUGAUAGCUGUGUGGCAACACCAAGUCCAGACAAGGACUCCACUCCCAGACAUCAUCUCAUUGGCUUCAAUGGUUGCCUGUUGGAUAGCAGACCCACUGGCUCCUCAUCCUCUUUUGUGUCACCAAGAGCACACCUGAACAAGCUCCAGAUCAAGCUAGAUGUGUUACAGUUCCUUGAUGCUCAUAGCCCUCUGCUGAAUUUGAAGAUGAACAAUUGCAGAAGGAAGGGGAGGUUCAGAUAG